CAUGGCGGACGUGUUAACAAAAUGACAAGUACUUGCUAGUUUCCAUUUACUAUUGAAUAAUAUCUGAAGAAAUAAAUAGACCCGUCAGAAUUGGACUAAUUUCACAAACAGUUAACAUGGAAUAAAAGUUGGUAUGCAUAAGCAGAAAAUUAAACAGUGAAAUAGCACAUACCAGUAGGACCUGCCUAUGGAUAAUAUGUUCACCAUAAGCAGACUUGUCAAGACAGGUUAAGUGCUAUUCUAGGGGGAUAAAGCUGAAGAAAAACAUUCCAAAAAUAUUUCAAGAGGAUGUCUGCUGGUUUAAAACACAGUACAUCAGUUUCAUCUUUAGCAUCCAUGGAUAAAGGAACAAAUAACGAGGAUAUAACUCUUUCAUCAUUGCAUUCCCAUUACUCACGUCGAACAUCGGCAAACAUGGUACUGGGUCCUGGUGGGCCAUCGUCAGGCUACCAGUCACAUGUUCGACCUGAGAACAGACAGCGUCAGACUGAUAUGACCAUGGAAAGAAUGGAUUAUGAUGAUGAUAAACGUCAGAGAAGUCAGGCAAAGACGAAGAGGAAAAAGCGUAGGAAUAUGAUCACUGCAAAUUUGAGUGGCACUAGAUAUGAUGUCAUACGACAGAUGGUAGAACAUAUUGGGUUUAGUGUUGCCAAAGAUGAUGAUCCAACUUGCUUCUUGAUAUGGAAUGACUCAUUUGUAUCAACAGAGAAGAUAUCUGAUUUGAAGCCUUAUCAGAGAAUAAACCAUUUUCCAGGGAUGGGUGAGGUCACACGCAAGGACAAUUUAGCUCGUAAUAUGAUGAAAAUGGCAAAGGCAGUUCCAGAAGAGUACAACUUUGUUCCUCGGACCUGGAUACUGCCAUCAGACUACAACAUCAUUCAGAAUUACAUGAAGGAUUUAAAAGCACAUAAAAAGUCAAAAACAUUUAUUGUCAAACCAUCAAAUGGUGCUCAAGGGCAUGGGAUCUCUUUGUAUAAAAACCUGGAAAAAAUCCCAGCACAAGAACAUUUCAUUGUUCAGGAAUAUGUUGAAAAACCCUUGUUAAUGGAUGGCUAUAAGUUUGAUUUGAGAAUCUAUGUGUUGAUAACAUCAUGUGAUCCACUGAGGGUGUUCCUGUUUAACGAUGGACUAGUUAGAAUGAGCACUGAGAAAUAUCUGCCACCUGCUGAAAAUAACAUAAGUCACCUGUUUAUGCAUUUAACAAACUAUUCUGUCAACAAACACAAUGAAUUUUAUGAAAAAGGAGCGAGUCUGGAUGCAGGAAGUAAAAGAUCUAUUAAGUCAUUUAAUGAAUAUCUCCGCAGAAAUGACUACGAUGUAGCUUUAUUGUGGAGAAAUAUUAGUGACAUGAUAGUAAAGACUCUCAUUGUUGCCGAACCUCAUAUUUUACACGCGUACAGAAUGUGCCGACCAGGAGCGCCAGCAGUUGGUGAUAGCGUCUGCUUUGAAGUACUUGGAUUUGACGUUCUCAUUGACAGAAAGUUAAGACCUUGGUUACUAGAGAUCAAUAGAUCACCAAGUUUUGGAACAGAUGAAAAGAUUGACUUUGACAUCAAAUCAGCACUUAUAGAGGAUACCAUCAGACUCUUAAAUAUCAAAAUGAGUGACAAAAAGAAAAACAUGACAGCUCAGAAACUUGAAGCACAGAAACGUCUGUUCCGUCCAUCAAAACGUGUCUCAGACACUGCCGAUAUGACAGAGUAUGAUAAAAAACGUGCCAGUAUUGAACGGAGAAAGGAUGAACUGAAAGAGCUACUGUCAAGAGUAAAGAAAGCGGGUUCAAGAGAAGAAUAUGAGAAUCGGAAUCGAGGUCGGUUUAUACGGAUAUUCCCUUCUGAUGACAAAGUGAGGCAAGGAAAGUACAUCCAUCUUCUGGAGGCGGCCUAUUCUACCUUCAUGUCUGGGAGAGCUACCUCUAUGCAUAAAGAAAUACAGCUUAUCUACAACAAUAAAUUGAAGGAAUCCGAUAUAAUGGACAUGAUAGCAGAAUGUGAAUCAGAUGAACAGCAGGGUAGAUUGAGCUUUGAGGGUAAACGGGUUGCAGGCACUAGAGGACCAAAGCCAUUGGCCAGUAUGCCAUCUUCGGACCAGUUCCCAGGGACAGACAGGGAAGAAGAUGAAGAGGAGAGUGAAUCAGCUUCACCGCCAAGUUCUCCGUAUCACAGAGGCUCAAGGUCACGACCUGGGUCUGUAAACAGUAGACUCAGCAAUAACAGAACACCAAGUAUAAUGGGUUCGCGUCCAAACUCGGGGAUGGUUCAGCCUGGUGGCCGACCCAUGAGCAGUGUAGGGCCAGGCCAAUCAAGAUCAUUGUCUCGGCAAGCUGGAGGACAGAAACUGACGAACAUUCAAAGAUCAAAUGUGGAUGAUAACUUUUUGACAAAUGUGAUACGUGAGAGAGAAGAAGAGCUUGUACGCCGGACGUUGCAGGCUCUCAAUGACAUGAGAAUAAAGUUUCCCGGUAAAUCUGACCAGGAGGCAGACACAAUUCUAGAUAAGUUGUAUGAGAACUGGAAAUUCCAUAAACCAAGAAUUGCAUCCUACUGGCUAGUUAAACUGGAUUCAAUCAAAAGAAGAAAGGUAAUAGACAUUGUGAGGUCAAAUGUACGAGCAGUAUUGCAGCGUACCUGGCGGGUAACAGAUGUAGAUAGUCUACCUGUGUAUCGUAUGUUCAGCCGCGUGUUCAACAGAUUACUAUGGAGUCAUGGACAAGGACUUUGGAAUUGUUUUGCUUCCUCAGGAAAUCAGGCCAGUUGGGAAACCAUAUUCAGUAAGAGUUCAGAUACUGUUGAUGAGGUGGAAUUAAAUUGUUGUCGUCGUAUUGUUCAGCUGUGUAAAGACUGCCUGCUUAUUGUAUACCAGUUUGCUGCAGAGGCAAAAAAUGCAUCACAGGGUGGUGAUAGAGAAAAUGAAGCACAAGUAACACAGAGGAGUGAGAGUAAGCCAUCUUUGAUUCCUCCAAACACCCAGACAAUGAGUCAGCGAUACAGUAAGCUCUACGCACGAACAGAGUCCACCUCAUGAUGACUGCUUCAUGAACAGUUAUACCUGUGCAAUCAUUAAAAAUGUGAUAAGUAUGAUAAAACAGUGUACCAAGUGAGAGACAAACCAGUGCAAGUCUCAGUCCCUACCUUCAAACAACAAAUCUCCAAAACCCACACAUAAUCUCUACAACUGACAGAAAACUGAAAAUUUAAAAGCUGCAUAAAAGACGAAAACAUCGAAGACACUCCAAGAAAUGCUACAUCAAAAACUGGGUGAAGAAAACUUGAACAUGAAUGUAUAUAAAAUAAUUCUGUAAUGUCUGUAUUUCUAAAAACUGUAGAAGCAGACCUUGAACCUUGAAUACAAUUGCACCAGUCUUGAUGAAAUAAAAUUUCAUAUACUUUUGAAAUGAGAGUUGCUGAAAGUAGGGGAGUCCAAUACUUACCUUAAAUGGAAUUUAAUGACCAAUGUUUUCAUGAGGCUAUUGAUCCAAUGUUUUCAUGAGGCUAUUGAUCCAGUGUUUUCAUGAGGCUAUUGAUCCAGUGUUUUCAUGAGGCUAUUGAUCCAGUGUUUUAAUGAGGCUAUUGAUCCAAUGUUUUCAUGAGGCUAUUGAUCCAAUGUUUUCAUGAGGCUAUAGGUCCAAUGUCAUAUUUUCUUCGUCUGUUGUGUUAGAGAUGAUUUCUACAGUUAUUAUUUUUCUGAAUACCAGUUUUGAGAUAGAAUGAUUAAAAACAGAUCAAUCAUUAAGACCUAAAAAAAGUUCUAGAAGUUUAUUUCUUUUAAAAAAGACUUACAUGUAUAUAAUACAUAAACUUGGGCAUUUUUCUCAUUAAUGAAGGAACAAAUGAUUUUCAGCUCAUCUAUUCUACCACAAAACAUAUCUAAUUGUAGUCUGACUUUCUUAAAUAUUGAAAAUUAUUGUUACCAAUUGUAAUAAAGUAAAACUGAAAUACUUAAAGGACAUUUUAAAGAAUAUUUUUGCAUAUUUUGGAAGUUUUGCAUUUUUAAAAAAUUGAGAAAAGCAGUAUUAGGAAGAAACUCAAUGUUUUUAUAUUUCUUAUUUUGUAUUAGUUGGUUGAGGUCUACAAAUAAAAAAAAUCAGAAAUACUGACAGAAGAAUUUAAAAAAAGAAGAACCUGUAGAGAUCGUUGUUAAGGCAGUACUAGUAACAUUGGGGCAGUGCUUGUAACACAGGGGCGGUACUUGUAACACAGGGGCGGUACUUGUAACACAGGGGCGGUACUUGUAACACAGGGGCGGUACUUGUAACACGGACGUUUCUGGUAACAUGGGUGGUUCUUGUAACAGGAGAAAUGGUUGGAUGAGAAAAUAUCAGUCUGAUGAUGAUUAAUCCCUUGGUUAUAUAUGUUUUGUUAUUGUUGGAAUAGAUUUUGUGGUUUUUAGUUAUUUCUGAACACCAAGAAUGGUUAAUAUCUCUUUACAAUGUUUUAUUUUAUUAGCUCACCUGUCAAAAUUUGUUAAUUUUUACCUUGUGAACAGGACAGAAGUGACAUUUUACAUUCAAUUUUAACCACACUUACACACAAAUUAAGUCACAAUAAGGUCUCGAUUCCUUUUGAAAACCGGCUAGAUUCCUUCAUGCAUUCUAGAGUUACUGCCCCUGAAAGGGGCAAAAUUUUCUGUUUUGGCCCUUUCAGCCAUAUUGAGGUUUCAUUUAUGCUUUGAUUUGAUACAAACUAUCACUGAAUAUUUAUCUUGAUGAUCUCUAGGCCAAGUUCAAAACUGGGUCAUGUGGGGUGAAAAACUAGGUCACCAGGUCAAAUCAAAGGAAAAGCUUGUUAACACUCUUGAGGCCACAUUUAUCUUUAUGAAACUUGGUCAGAAUGUUUAUCUUGAUGAUUCCUAGGCCAAGUUUGAAACUGGGUCAUGUGGGGUCAAAAACUAGGUCACCCACUCAAAUCAAAGGAAAAGAUCAGCUUUGAUGUUGAUACAGUUUUUAUGUGAUGAUUUGGUAAUGAUUUUUGGUGACUCAGAAGUUUAUUUAACAGUAUUUGCUCAGUUUAUUUAACAAGAUUUGUGAAAUACAAUUUCUUCAAAUAUCUUUUGAAAUGAGAGUUGCUGAAAAAUAAAUUGUCAAAUACUUAUUUUAAAUGGAAAUUAAUAUCCAAUGUUUUCAUGAGACUGUUGGUCCAGUAUCAUAUUUUCUCAUAUUUUCUUGUGUGAAGUGUAUGUAAGUGAUGCAUACAUAACAAUGUAUUUCCUCUUGAUUCAAGAUUUUCACCAAGACUAAACACAACAUUUUAACUAUUUUCAUGCAAAAUUUUAAAUAACUCUUUCUAGUCGUGGUUAACAAGGUAUUUUAAAACUUUAAAUUUCAUUACAGUAUUAAACAAAACAGGAUAAAAGGCCUUUAGUUGAGUGCUGGAACAGCCUAAUUGUUUUUGUUUUCCUGAAAGGUAUUUUCAAUGUUGUUCUUGUUUCCAUCUACUUUGAGCUGUUGAACACAAUGUCUGUUGUUUUCAUACUUGUCCAUAAAUGAAAUGAAAUGUCAAAGUCCUCCAUUUGAAACUGGUACAAACUUGACACAUAACUGACCCAUAAAAACAGUUGUAAUCGUCUACUUAGACUGAGGCACUAUGACAAAAUUCAUCUUUAGUAUAAAAAGGCUCUAUGUCAACAUAAUCAGCCUUUCUUUCUUGUGAGCUGAUGCAAUGAUUAAGGUUCUGUACCCUCUCAUAUUUUAAUGACAAUAUAUGUAAAAAAAAACUUUUUUGAAUUAAUUAGUUAUGAAUGUGUAUAUCUGCAUCAAAAGUAAUUACUUUCAAAUGAAAUUGAGGUUUUUUAAAGACUGCUUUACCAGAAUUGUUUGUGACGUUUAAAUCUAGUUGACAAAUGUCAUUUUAUUCCUACUAAAGAAUGUUUAAAGACUGCUGAGUGAUCAAAAUUUAAAUCACAAUUACUUGUGCUGAACAAGGUAUGAAACCAAUACUCUUCCAACCAUUUGUUUGGUACCCAGAAUGGCCCCUGUGAUAGAGGAUACUGUUGAUAAUUUGUGCUUAUUUUGUAUAACGUAUAAAUUCGGGUAAUCUUGCAAACAUGUUAGUAUAGAUGAUAACAAGCAUAUUGUAUACAUAAUUAUGUCAUACAGAAAAAAGAGAACAAGUAAGCUUCCAAAGGGUUUUCUUACAGAUUUGAUAAACCUUCAGCUGUCUAAAAGUGUCAUUUGACUGCCAUUAAAAGUUGCCCCAUUCUAGGACUCUUGUGACUAUUUCUGGUGCUUUGUAAUUUCAUAAUUUUAACUUCUGUUGAAGCAGUGGUUAUGGGGCAUUAUGGGUAUUGCAUUUUCAAUAUUUACUCCAUCUAACCAAAAAUGCUCUUAUUUUGCUUGGGUGUGCUCUGUUCAUCCAAAGGAUGUCUUACACUAAUAUUUCAUAAACAAACAUGUCACUAGUUUGUAUCUUGCUGGAAAUUUAAUGAAGAGAAAUAGGUAUAUUUGCUUAAGAUAUGGAUACUAAUGCACAUAAUUUUGUCUUUGCGUAUUCUGUUUAGGUCCUUAGUGAAUGAAAUUCAUCAGUCAUGCUUUUGAUAGAUUUGCCAUAUUGUUAUUUGUGGAAUUUAGUACGAAUAUAAACCUUUCUAGAGUUUUGCAUAUUGGCUAUAAACAUAGACUCUUCUAGUAUCAGGUACCAGCCAUGAUAAUCACUUCCAUUCAUCAUAGCAUUUUCUGUAGGAAGAUUCAGCUGGUUCCCUGCAUUGGUAUGCCCUAUACCAAAUUCUAGCUCCCUACUUUUGCAAGGAUUAAGGCAAGCAGUCAACUGUGGCAGGGGGCCAGUUGAGCCAGUUGGCUUCCUGCUUUGGUCUGCUCCUUGGUUCAGCUUGUACCCAGCUACAUCAGGCUGUCUGCCUUGGUUCCCUGUAUAUCAAACUUGGCCGCCAGUUGUAACCAUGGCUACAGUCCUGCUUCAGCUAGCUCCCAGCUUUAUUUUACUCCGUUAUGUACUGGUUAUUUAAUUAGUCUAUUUUCAUUGUGAACAUACAGUAGUAUGUUUUUGAAAUUCCCCAUAGUUUUUCUUUGUUUCAAACACACAGCUUUUAACUAAACUUGGUUUUAUAGCAUUCUAGCAAUGAUAUCUUUGGUUCUUCCGCAUUGUGCAUAGGGGUUGCCAUGGCUGAAAAUAGAAAAGAAAACCUGCUUCAUCUCAUAUAAGAGUUACUUGAUCUAACUUAACUUUCUAAGCAUUCUUGCAUUCUUGUAUCAUGUUACUGUCCCCUCCCUCUUGAUAUUUACCAAACUUGGUCAGGAACUUUAAUCUUCCUAAUACGGGACAUUCUAUAUCUUCAUAGGUCAUGUAAGUAACCAUUUUUUUACCAUUUGGGCUGUAUGCUUUCAUUUCAUAUUGUAUGUGGAUUAUGAUAGCCGAUAUUUGAAUAGGGUAGAUGUAUUAUCAUACUCUGGUACAUUAGAUAAAAUCACUUGUUAUGUCUGUGAAGUUUGUGUUGCAGUUUGAUACCUGCACUUGUUAGCAAGUCUUUUAUCAUUUUAGUUCUAUGUUUUAUUGCAAUCAUAUAAAUCAUUUUACAAUAGAAAUUAAUGUUUACAAUGGUAGCUUGCUACAAAUGCAGAAAUGGUCAUUUUUUAUGAUCUUAGGCCAUGUAAACUUACUUUGCCUUAUUGUUGAAAGGAAAUCAGGUGAACACAAUUUAACAAGAGCAACUGUAUUUUGACAGGUUGGGUUUUCCAUAAUGUUGCUAUUUUUAACAUAAAUUUCACCUUUUUGCAUAAGCAGGUGCCCAGUUUAGAAAAUGGAACAUUUCUUUAUGACUUUCAGCUUCAGUGCAUUGAAAUAAAAUGUGAAACAUUUAUUUUAGAGAACACCUUUAUAGAUAUUUUUAUUAUUUUUUUAAUCUCUGUGAAUGUUUCUCAAUGGUUAUAGCCACUGUUUAAGUUUGUUAAAAUGAUCUAACUGCUUUAGUUACUGUUUCUGUUAUAGUAUAUAAGAUAGCUGCUUUACUAUUGCUCUAUUUAAUAAAUUCAUUAAAACUAA